AUGGACUACAAUGAUCAUUCAGAUGAUCUUUAUGAUCCUGGCUCUGAUGCUUAUGACGAGGAGACUGACCCAUCACAGGAUACACUUCCCAGUAAACCUUCUAAGGUGAUGACUGACAAUGGGGCCUCAGGGGACACCGAUAGUAUCUUAGACCCUCAAGGUGAACCCCUAUUUGAUCCUGACGACUUACACCGCCCACAGUCAGCAGACUGGUCCCCAUCAGACCAUAUGGCUAGAUAUGUGUCUAGGUUAUGCAAGCCUUUAGACAAGGCAACUAAAAAUAAAUUACGGGCUGAAUGCCCAUACCCCACUUGUAAGAUGCUCUCAGUAGGUCCCCAAAUUGUCCAAAAUUGUCCAAUUUCUGGGUAAGACAGGCUGGAAGCCUAAUAAACGCUUGGAUUUUUCACUCUGUAACUGUCAGGAUACUGGCCAAUCUUGGGCCCAGCAGCAAAGAUAUGGAUGAAGAUGACCAAGAGCUAGAACAUGCUACCAUAUGUGGCUGGAUACAGAGAAUUAUAUGCUUGGUUGGCAAUGCCAACACUGCGAUGGCCACGGAGUGUCACAAGUCCAUUCUGCUCAAAAUUUAGUCAAAAUUAGUCAACAUGGCUCUGAACGAGCCAGGCACACAGGCAAAAGGUCUACUCUUUGAAAUAAUUAUGUAAAGGAAUUAGGCUCAUUUGUAUAUACCUUUACCGCCCUUGAUAAAUAUCCGCAACGUUUUCAACCUCAUCGGUUUUGGUGGGGCCGGAAGAGUCAGGAGCUGUCUGUCCAGCCAGGUUAACAGAAGUUCUUUUAGACAAAACAGGGACAAGCCAAUUUCUUCGAACAGCAAAAUGCACCAGCCUUCUUCCGACAACGUGGCGGCCCUGGGCUGCUCAUGGCACACGAGGUGCUCCUUCAGUGUCAGGUCUACAUGGGCAGCGGACCAUCGCGUCCGCAUGCCACUUGCAGCAACUUCAAUUAUGCCCUCACUGCUCACGGCGACUUCCUAUGCCCACACGCUGCUUGCGGUAUCGCCACCCUUCCUCUUUCCAUGA